AUGCCUGCGGCAGGUGUAGAUACCUCAGCUUGGAGCUGCGGAGCGGGGACGCGCCUGCAGGCCUGCUCCAGACUACUCUGGGUGCGAACGCCCAGAUCCAGACUCAGCCUCUCUCUGGGAUCGGCUGGCGGAGGACCACGUCUCUGUGGCGUGCCAGGAGCCGCGCCGGCCGCGAGUUGGGUGAGCUGGGGGGCGCCCGCGCCCGCGCCGCCCGCCCUAGCUGGGCUAGUGCUGCACAUUGCAGCCAGCCCCCUCCCCAAGACCCCAUUCCCAAUCCCCUUCUCAGCUCCCUCGGGCCGGCAGAGCGGCUCUGAUCAGGUCAGCGGCGGACGCCGGGAAGCGGCCCGGCUUGGGAGAGGUGGUUUGGUUGGUUGGCUGGUUCUGGAUGAGGGGUCAACCCUCGAGGGGGACUGGGUUUCCGAGCUGUUGUCCGGCCUGAGCGGGAGCCCCGGGAAGUUUAGAGGGAAGGGGGAUAAAUCUCUCCGGGAAGCCCCGCCCGGGCCGGGGCCGAGUUGGUCCACGGCGGUGGGGAAGCUUCGGACACCACCCUGGUGCUGUCCCCUGUCCCGCCGUCCGCGCUUGGGGUGCCUUGGUGGGGAUCCGGGCGCCGCACUGGGAGGCCCUGCCGCUCGGGAGGCUCGGAACCGGGGCGCCCAGUGCCCCCCGCUGUCUUCCGGGAGUCGCCGGGCCGCCGCUCCACGCAGGCCUCGGAACCAGCCUCCCGGCGCCCAGGCCUGUUUGUGCUCGCCGGGCCGCGGCUGCGCAGUAUUGCGGCGUCUCCCAGCAAAGCUGCGCCCCGGGCGUGGGUCCCCUGAGGGGACCGGGACUCAAGUUCCCUUCGGUUCUGCCGCCUGCGUCAGGUAAAAUGCUGUUGAAGACCCACGGACGUGACUGCACCCCUCACUCACUGGUCACUGGUUUGGGGAGGAACAUCAAUGUUCCACCAGGGGAACCUUGAGAACACCUUGGAGUCCUCCUCUUCCUCUCUGGACCUGAGCCAAACUGUGAGUGGCACAGAGCAAGGACCAUAUGUAUUCUGUUCAUUGUUGCAUACUCAGUUCAUUGACCACAGUGCCAAGCACACAGUGAGCACUCCCUGUGUAUCUGCUGAGUAAAUAAACGAACAAACCCAACACA